ACGCCUUCUCUUGGAACCUCCACGUACACUUUUUCUGCCCUUUCUGCUGGUCAUCUCUUACAUUCUUGACCACAGAAAGCGUUGCCAGGAUGUCGGUAAUGCUCACGAAGUUUGAGUCCAAGAGCAAUCGCGUCAAAGGACUCUCAUUCCACCCGACUCAACCGCUACUGGCCGCAUCGCUGCACAACGGGAGUGUCCAGUUAUGGAACUAUCGGAUGGGCGUACUUGUUGACAGGUUUGAGGAGCACGAAGGUCCCGUCCGAGCUGUUGCGUUCCAUCCCAGCCGCGCGCUCCUGGUAACUGGAGGAGACGACUACAAGAUCAAAGUCUGGGACAUCCGGCCCACAAACCGCCGCUGCCUCUUCACGCUUCACGGACAUCUCGACUACAUUCGCACUGUACAGUUUCAUCACGAGAUGCCAUGGAUUCUCUCCUGCUCCGACGAUCAGACCAUCCGUAUCUGGAACAGCACCUCGCGCAAUUGUAUUGCAAUCCUCACCGGCCACUCGCACUACGUGAUGUCUGCGCAGUUCCACCCCAAGGAGGACCUCAUUGUGUCCGCUUCACAAGACCAGACAGUGCGCGUCUGGGACAUCUCCGGUCUGCGCAAGAGCACCCCAAACACGGCUCCCGGUACCUUUGAUACCUUUGACAAUUUCUCCACCGUCAAGUACGUGCUCGAGGGCCACGAUCGCGGCGUGAACUGGGCCUCCUUCCACCCAACGCUCCCCCUGAUCGUCUCUGCGGCAGACGACCGUCAGAUCAAGAUUUGGCGUAUGAGCGAGACGAAAGCUUGGGAGGUCGAUUCGUGCAGGGGCCACUUCAACAAUGUCUCCACUGCGCUUUUCCACCCGAAGCAUGAGCUCAUUGUAUCGUGCGGUGAGGACAAGACUGUGCGCGUCUGGGACCUGACAAAGCGCUCCGCUGUGCAGACGUUCAGGAGAGAACACGACCGCUUCUGGGUGCUCGCGGCUCACCCGGAGCUCAACUUGUUCGCUGCUGGACACGACAACGGACUUAUCGUCUUCAAGCUCGAGCGUGAGCGGCCGGCCUUCGCGAUGCACGGCGACACGGUAUAUUACGUGCGCGAUAAGUACGUGCGCUCGUACGACAUCAACACCGGCUCGGACAUUGGGCUCUUGAGCGUGCGCAAGUUUGGCAGUCCUUACGUCCCUCCGCGCACGCUCAGCUAUAACCCAGCUGAGCGCGCGGUGGUGCUCACGAUCUCGUCGGACAACGGCCUCUUCGAACUCACCACCCUUCCCAAGGACGCGAUUGGUGAGGUGAAGGACUCGUCGACAGAUGGCAAGCGUGGGAGUGGUCAGGCCGCGAUCUUCGUGGCGAGGAACAGGUUCGCAGUGCUUAACAAGGCCACCCAGCUUAUCGAGGUUCGCGACCUAUCCAACUCGGUCGUUAAGAGCAUCAAGCCUCCUGUUCAGACGAACGAAAUAUUCUAUGGCGGCACUGCGAGCCUGAUUCUUAGCUCCUCAGCGUCGGUAGUUCUCUAUGAUAUCCAGCAGCAGAAGACUCUCGCCGAGAUCACCACGCCGCCAGUGAAGUAUGUCGUGUGGAGCGCGGAUGGUUCGCUCGUAGCACUACUCAGCAAGCACACCAUCACGAUCGCGAACAAGAACUUCACGCAGCACACGCUCAUCCACGAGACGAUCCGUAUCAAGUCUGGCGCUUGGGAUGAUACAGGCGUCUUCAUCUACUCCACGCUCAACCACAUCAAGUAUUGCCUGGCGCAAGGAGACCACGGGGUGAUUUGCACCCUGGACAACCCUGUAUAUCUUACCCGGGUGAAGGGUAAGACGGUCCACUGCCUCGACCGGUCUGCACGCCCACGUACGAUCACGAUCGACCCCACGGAGUACCGGUUCAAGCUUGCGCUGCUACGAAACAACCAUGAAGAGAUGCUAUACAUUAUCCGCACGUCUAACCUGUUGGGACAGAGCAUCAUCGCGUAUCUGCAACAAAAGGGAUUCCCCGAGAUCGCGUUGCACUUUGUGCAAGACAAAAACACGCGGUUCGACCUGGCGAUCGAAUGUGGGAAUCUGGAUGUUGCACUGGAGACAGCGCAGAGCAUCGACCGGCCCGAGUGCUGGGAACGUCUUGCUCAGCAGGCUCUGAAGCAAGGCAACCACAAGAUUGUGGAGAAGGCAUACCAGCGGACGAAGAACUUCGAUCGGCUGUCGUUCCUAUACUUGGCUACCGGGAGUACGGACAAGCUGACGAAGAUGCAGAAAAUCGCCGAUGCGCGUGGGGAUCCCAUGUCUCGGUUCCACAAUGCACUUUAUGCUGGUGACGUCGUCGGCCGUAUCGCCGUUCUGAGGGACGUCGGAAUGUAUUCUUUGGCGUACCUGACCGCGAAAACGAAUGGGUUGGACGACGUUGCGUUGGAGAUCCUCGAGGUGGCGGGCCUGAACGAGGCCGAUGUCGAUGACGUUCCUUCAUUCGGGCAUUCGACGCUCCGUCCGCCACCCGUGAUCACUGAGACGACGAACCUGAACUGGCCUACACUGUCGACUGGAGAGAGCUUCUUUGAUAAGGCGCUCGCAAACGGCAACCUGGAUGGCGGGGAUGUACCAUACGUCAAUGGCGUUGAUACAGGUGCGGCUGCGUCCGCUGCACUCGAUGACUGGGCGAAGGACGAGGAGGCAGGCGAAGACAUCGCAGCCGAAGAGGGUGCUUGGGACCUCGAUGCGGAUGCGGAAGAAGCCGAAGAAGAGAAGGAAGAAGAAGCUGCGGAGGAAGAGGUGGACCUGGGUGCUGGUGCGACGCCAGGAGUGGCCGAGACGGAGUUGUGGAUACGUAAUUCGCCGUUCGCAGCGGACCACGUUGCAGCUGGCUCGUUCGACAGCGCGAUGCAGCUGUUGAAUCGUCAGUUUGGAAUCGUCAACUUUUCGCAUCUCAAGCCGGCCUUCCUCUCGGCUUAUCGAUCUUCACAUGUGUACCUCUCCCCUGUGGCGUCUCUCCCUCCCCUGCAGCUGCACUUGAGGCGUGAUCCCGAGGAGUCGUCCCCGAGUCGUGUGCUCCCUGUUGCUGUCCGGACUCUGGCGUCGAUCCGGACGGAACUCUCGGAGGGAUUCCGCGCCGUAUCUGGCAACAAGCUGCCAGACGCGCAGGUGGUGUUCCGUUCCGUGCUUCGUUCGCUUCUGCUGGUUCCUAUCUCGACGGAUAACGACGCCAAGGAGUGGCGCGACGUGGUGACUUUGUCACGCGAGUACCUGCUGGGUGUCACUAUCGAGAUUGAGCGGAGGAGAGUUGCUCAAGAAGACCCUGACAACGUCAAGCGUAGUUUGGAGCUUGCCGCGUACUUCACGCACUGCAGGUUGCAGCCCGCGCACUUGCAGAUCGCUUUGCGGAGCGCAAUUGGUGUGUUCGCGAAGGCGAACAACCACGCGACUGCCGCCAAGUUUGCAAGACGGUUGUUAGAGCUAAACCCUGACCCAAAGAUCGUCGCGCAGGCGAGGCAACGUAUAGCGGCCGGUGACCGCAACCCUCGGAAUGCGGUGGACAUCGACUACGACGAAUUCACCGAAUUUGAGGUUUGCGCGGCCAGCUUCACGCCGAUCUACAAAGGUUCUCCCGCUGUCCGUUGCCCCUACACGGACGCUGCCUACCUUCCACAAUACAAGGGCAAGCUUGACCCUCUUACGGAGCUGACGGAAAUCGGGGCGUCGUCUGCUGGUCUGCCUGCGCCUCGGUGAUAGCUGUGUUCACUUCUAGACUGUUUUCGCACUUGGGCUGCAUAGGCGACUUGAAAAAUCCCGCUCGGACGUUGUUGCACUACUGGCCCCUGUAUCUCCGAUGAAAAUAGCAAUAACUCUUCACGCUAAGGCCUGAGACCGAAGGCAGCAGUGCACAGAAUGUAUCCGACGGCGAAGGGAGACUUUCCGGGCUCCGCCUGAGUGGAUGAUCGUCCUGGAUCAGGCCAUCGAUUACAUUCAUCACCCGAUACGACAAUUCGUUGCUCGAUCGACGCAGGUCGCUGUCCAGUUCAGGUUCACCUAGGGUACGACGCUUCACACUAAGCUCAACCAGCGUCGAAAGCUACUGCGAAUGAAUGUGAUCGAUUCCGCGCGAAGAACAUGACAGGCU